AGUUGGGGAAGUCCAAACUCAAAGAGCUCCGACUGUCUUACUUCUGGCGAGAGGCGACCACAUGAGGCUGUGGCUAAGAGGCCCGGCCCUCAGGGCAUUGAGGAAUGGCCGGGGCUUCUCUGGUCCUCAGGGGCAGCCUCCACGGAGACCUGUCCCUUUGAAGACUGUGGCCAUGUGGGAGGCCAUCAACCUGGGGAGGCAGCCGGUGCCUGAGUACUUCAAUUUUGCCAGGGACGUGUUGGAUGUGUGGAGUCAGCUGGAAGAGGCUGGACACCGGCCCCCGAACCCCGCCUUCUGGUGGGUAGAUGGCCAGGGGGCAGAGGUCAAGUGGACCUUCCAGGAGCUGGGGGAGCAGUCCCGGAAGGCAGCCAACGUGCUGGGGAGUGUGUGCGGCCUGCAGCAGGGUGACAGAGUGAUGCUGGUUCUACCCAGGGUUCCGGAGUGGUGGCUGGCCAACGUGGCUUGUAUGCGGACAGGGGCUGUCAUGAUUCCAGGCAUCUCCCAGCUGACUGAGAAGGACCUCAAAUACCGGCUGCAGACAUCCAAGGCCAAGUCCAUCAUCACCAGUGACUCCCUGGCCCCGCGGGUGGAUGCCAUCAGUGCUGACUGUCCCACCCUCCAGACCAAACUGCUGGUGUCAGACAGUGUCCGACCGGGCUGGCAGAACUUUCGAGAACUCCUCCAGGAGGCAUCCACGGAGCACAGCUGCGUGAGGACCAAGAGCCAUGACCCACUGGCCAUCUACUUCACAAGUGGCACCACUGGGGCCCCCAAGAUGGUGGAGCACUCCCAGGCCAGCUACGGUCUGGGUUUUGUGGCCAGUGGAAGGCGGUGGGCAGCCUUGACUGAGUCAGACAUCUUCUGGAACACAACCGACACUGGCUGGGUGAAAGCAGCCUGGACUCUCUUCUCUGCCUGGCCCAAUGGGUCUUGCAUUUUUGUUCAUGAACUGCCCCGAGUUGAUGCCAAGGUUAUCCUGAACACCCUCUCCAGGUUCCCGAUCACCACCCUCUGCUGUGUCCCCACAAUCUUCCGGCUGCUCGUGCAGGAGGAUCUGGCCAGGUACCAGUUUCCCAGCUUGAGGCACUGUUUGACGGGAGGAGAGGCCCUCAACCCAGAUGUGAGGCAGAAGUGGAGAAGCCAGACUGGCUUGGAGCUGCACGAAGGCUACGGCCAGUCAGAAACAGUGCUUAUCUGUGCCAAUCCUAAAGGCUCCCCCAUCAGAUCUGGAUCCAUGGGGAAAGCAUCCCCGCCUUACGACGUGCAGAUAGUGGAUGACCAGGGCCAGGUCCUGCCUGCAGGAGAAGAGGGGAAUGUUGCUGUCCGCAUCAGACCUGCCCGGCCCUUCUGCUUCUUCAGUUGCUAUCUGGAGAAUCCUGAGAAGACAGCGGCAUCAGAACGGGGGGACUUUUACAUCACAGGGGACCGAGCCCACAUGGACAAGGAUGGCUACUUUUGGUUCAUGGGAAGACAGGAUGAUGUGAUCAACUCCUCAAGCUAUCGGAUUGGACCAGUUGAAGUAGAAAGCGCCCUGGCCGAGCAUCCGGCUGUGCUGGAGUCAGCCGUGGUCAGCAGCCCAGACCCCAUCAGAGGAGAGGUGGUGAAAGCCUUCGUAGUCCUUUCUCCAGCCUACUUAUCUCAUGAUCCAGAGAAACUAACCCAGGAACUCCAGGAGCACGUCAAAAGAGUGACGGCUCCAUACAAGUACCCCAGGAAGGUGGCCUUUGUCUCAGAACCCAAAGACGGUUUCUGGAAAGAUCCAACGGAGUAAACUGAGGAGCCAGGAGUGGGGGAGAUGAGAAGCAGCCCUGGAGAGACCCACAGACCUCUGAUGCUUCUGAGGGGAAGAAGAACGCCCCAGCUGGGCCCUAACUUAGAGCACAGCCCUCUCACCCCACCAGCACCAGAGGCAUCUUCAGAGGUGUCCAUGAGCUGGGAAGGGAGCAGAAGGCAUCGUGGAGCCAGCGAACAUGACCACUGUGCAGCCAGCAAGGGCCUUCUGGUGUGACUGUCCCUCUGUCUGGGAGCGUCCCCAGCAGCUGCCAUUGCUCACACCUCCCAAGAGCCUCAGCCAGUCCCCCAAAGGAUUUCUGUCCCAAUUGUUCCAUUGCCGGUGGAAAUGUCACCACUGACAUCCUAGGGAUCAUAUGAUGAUGAUAUGAUAAAGAUUUAAAAAACAAAACAAAACAAAGAUGUGUGGAAAAAUUAGCCAUAACCUCUUACUCCAAAACUGCACCUCUGGGUAUAGUUGUAAGACAAAUAAUUCAAACAUAUUUCCCAUUGCAUCACUAAAACUCAUGGGGAAAAAAGUGACCUGGGAGGUGGUACGGUGGACAGAGUGCCUGACUUGCAAAAAUGGGGUAGUGAGUUCAGUGCUUUGCAUCGAACAUGCCAGAGCAGUGCUCUGCUUCUCUCCACCCUUUCAUAAAUAAAAAGUCUUUAAAAUGUG